GAGAUGAAUCCUUUUAAUUUGUAUUAAUUAGUAUGCGUUAGACCUGAAAAUGUGUAUUUAAAAGUUGGGCUUUAGCCUUUAACAAAAUUGUGAUGUCGCGAAAACACCGUGGGCAGCUACUCUUCAAAAUGGCGAUUAAUGUCAUACGAAGAGCAAUUUAUCUGUCGAUUUUUGUAUUGCUUGUAGUUAUUAUCAAUAAAUGGGUAAUUUUUCAAAUAGAAGAUUCCGUAGUUAAAGCAAAGCUUUUAAGAUUCCAGUUUUCUUGCUGCAUUAUCACGAUGAUGACUUUUAUUAACUGUUAUAUAUGGAGGAACUUGUCAACAGUAUUAGAUUUCGGACACAGUUAUUCGGACUACAAGGAAUGGACAUUUUUAAUUAACCUUGCAGAAUUUCGCAAUUGGAAGCAGUAUACUGUAAAUUCGGCAUUGUGGAGAUUAUUUUUGGCUGUGAUACUCGUUUCUUCGUUAUUUUCAUAUACAACAUUUUCUUUUAUGAUCAGAACUAACCCAUUGAAAGUGUCAAUAUUUUUGUUUUUGUGCUUUGCAAUGACUGUCCAGUUAUUUUGUGGUCUCGUCAUUACUAAAUUAGCCACAUUGGUAUGGAGAUUUUGUCAUAGAGAUUUUAGUUAUCACACUGAACGUCAAAAUAAAACUAAGCAGUUUGUUAUACUUGCAUAUUCAUUGAUUGUUGUCACCGUUGGAUUUUACAACGCAAUGAAGCUCCCUGAUAUAAAAGAAGUUACAAUACCAGUGAAAGACAUGCCAAAGUCAUUAAAUAGAAUGACCAUAACAUUUGUAUCCGACAUUCAUCUUGGACCAACUACUGGACAGCAAUCCCUGGAGAGGAUAGUGAAUAUGAUAAAUUACCUCAACUCAGAUCUUGUGAUAAUCGGAGGUGACCUUGUUGACGGCCGUGUCAGCCAGCUGGAUGAUGCAGUGGAGUCCUUGAGCUGGAUAAAGGCCAGAUACGGGCAAUACUUUGUGACAGGGAACCACGAAUAUUACACCACAGAUGCACAUAACUGGAUAAAAAAGCUCAAGAGCCUUGGCAUUGAAACUCUUCAUAACUCAAACGUGAAGAUAUCUGCCCCCGGCUCCAAUGAUGCCAUAUGUCUUGCUGGAGUUGAUGACCCAACUGCCGAUCUCUAUGGGUUUAUGGACCACACGAUGGACUUGGACUCAGCCCUGAGGACCUGUGACCCCUCACAGUCAGUAGUACUGAUAGCACACCAGCCCAAGGUGGCCAAGAUAGCCCUUGACUCCAAAUACAGAGUGGACCUAGUGUUGUCAGGGCACACACAUGGAGGUCAAAUGUUCCCUCUGAUGGUCCCUGCAUAUUUUCUGAACCCCUUCCUGGCCGGUCUCUAUGCCUAUGGCCCAACAUCCCAUGUUUAUGUCUCCAUGGGAACGAUUUAUGGAACCAUUCCGAUAAGACUUGGUUCCGCUAAAGAGAUAACCAAGAUAACUCUUGUUACUGCUUAGAACAGACAUGUGUACACUGUAAUACUGUAUGUUGCAAAGAUGAUUUCUAAGUUUUUUUAAAUUUGUUAUCAAGUAGUUUUGAAAGGAAUUUACCAGAUUUAUAUUAUAGAUUAUUUUUUACAAACAAGAUAUUCACUAAAAGUAUACAUUAUUGUGCUAAUAAUGUAUAAUAAUCAUUUACUUUUAGACUGUUAUGAUUACAUUGUAUAUUUCUAGUAUGUCAAGGCCAUAACCUUGAGGUUCCUUGAUGAACAAUAGUGAGAAAUUUCAGUGCAUGAGAAAGUCAUUGAAUUUUACAAAAAUGGAAAUAGAUAGAAAUCACAUUUCAUUACAAAUUAAUUGUCGAUAAUAUACACAUCAAUCUUUGUGAAAUACAAAAUAAACAGAUAUUAUAUCCCAAUUAAAAUGACUUUGCUUUGAUUUUCAACAUAAUUACCAAUACACAAAUACAUAAAGAAAGUCUUAUUUAAUUCAUUUGCGUUUAAAUAAAUACUGUUUCUAAUGCUAUAUUUUGCAGUCAUUCAUUUUGGUCAAAGGAUCUUCUGUGUACAUCUUGUACUAAAUUUUGUCAUAAAAGAUUGUG